AUGCCCACACCGGCUCCAGAGCCCAGAGUCCCUGAGAACCCAACUCGCCGAUGCUGGAUACGCUGCGCAGUCCAGACAGGUACCCCCGCUCCAACGGAGAUCAUGCCUCCCCUGAAUGCGCCACUCCCUGUCCCCGUCACAGCCUUCGACCAUGCUACGAUCUCUGUGGAAAGUGAACCACCUCAUCACAACUCUCAGCCUGCCAUGCCCGCUGCACCCGUCCUUGGUCCGUCUCCCAAAGGACACUCUGUCAAACCUGCACAUCGCCACUUCCGAUGGAGGAACCCAACUUCCAUGCCCCCUCAGUCAAUGUUUAGUGAAUUGUCUCCCCUCACUGACGAUCGCCCCAAUCUCACUAUUCCUGAAGACACGCUUGCUCCUAAUGAAAAUCUCCCGUCCCCACAGGCUGUUCAAGAGCAUGGUGCGCCCUCCAUCCCAAGUCCCCAUUCCAGUUCCCGCAGCCCAACCAGAAGUCGCCAUGUCCAACUUGCUGUCCCGACCCACAGCAAGCUCUUAAUCCCCGGGCAGCCCACGCCACAGAGUAGCCAACAAGAGCCUACAACCUGUUCUUAUCCCUACAACGAACUGCAGGCAGUUCACACUCUUAUCUGCCACCCUGCUGGCCAGAACAGGCUGCCUUAUGGGGUCUCAGCAUUAUCUUUAGCAAUGGCAACUGCUCAUGAACAGAGUGUCUAUUGCAAUGCAGCUGCACAGGUACGAGGGGUGGAGGCUAAGCUGAGGGAUCUUGAAGCUUGUAUGAUGGGGCAGAAGGGGCUCUAA